CAGGAGCAGCUUCAACCACGACAAUUACAAAUAACGGCAAUAUGCUGCUUUAUAAUAACAAUAAUAACGGUGGUUCAGCUGGGGUUGCCAAUGGUGGCGGAGUUGCUAUUAGCGGCGGCAUAACAUCGUGCAAUACAGCUGCAACGUUGGAACAAUAUCGUUUACAAUUAUACAAUUAUGCUUUAAAUAUGGAACGUUUAAGAGGUCCACCAUAUACAGCGGCUGCUGCUAUGGCAGCGGCGGCAGCAUAUGCCUCGACAACUACAGUAUCGACGACAACGGUAAAUGGUCCCACAAUACACGGUUCGAACUAUACAACAUCAGGACAGGGACCACCACCUCCGUCGUCAUAUUUAUGUGCAACUACGGCCGGAAAUUUAAUUGCAGCCACUAGUCAUAUGGGAAGAUCUCCAGCCGCGUUAGCCCAAUGUCCCACCAGUAAUCGCUUGGCAUUAGCCUCAAUGUCGUUGUUUCCACAGCGCAUCUUUCAGCCGGAAGAGCCGAAGCCCCAGCAUAGUUACAUUGGUUUAAUCGCAAUGGCCAUACUCAGCAGUGCUGAGACAAAAUUGGUGUUGUCUGAUAUAUAUCAGUACAUUUUGGAUAACUACCCGUAUUUUCGCACGCGUGGUCCUGGUUGGCGCAAUUCCAUACGCCAUAAUUUGUCCCUAAACGAUUGUUUUAUAAAGUCCGGUCGCAGUGCCAAUGGAAAAGGUCAUUACUGGGCCAUACAUCCUGCUAAUAUGGAAGACUUUCGAAAGGGAGACUUUCGUCGUCGCAAGGCUCAGCGCAAAGUACGCAAGCACAUGGGAUUAGCUGUUGAUGAUAAUGGCACAGAUUCACCGAGCCCGCCACCAGCCAUGGAUUUGACGUCACCCUCACCCCCUUCAUUCCAACACAUUGUAAUGGGCAGUAGCACUAUAACCCCACUGGCAAGCGCAGCCCAGUCUUUUGGAUGGCGUUUUACUCAACAUCAUCGGCAACAGCCCCAGCAUCCGCAAGCUGGAUCUCAUGCGACAAAUGCUACUGCCGCCUCCUAUAUGGGUCAAAUAUUUACGUAUAGGCCUCAGCAUUAUGCAGCAGCAGCUGCGGCGGCGGCAGUUCUCUGCCAUAGCGGUAAUACACAACAUCAGCACCAUCAACGUCAACAAUUAAUUGCCCCCAAUUCCCACCAUCAUUCAUCAGAUACUUCCAUACUACAACCACCAAGCCUACUCUCCUCCCAAUCUUCAAUAUCCGCCACCAAUGUCCAGGCCAAUGUUAUAAACGAGAUAUUCUCCCAAAAACGCAAGCGACAAUUUGAUGUGGCGUCUCUUUUAGCACCCGACCACUCCAACAAACGUGAACUUCAGAUGCAGCAGCAACAACAAUACAUUCGGAAACAUACAAGUGAAAGCGAGACCGAUGAUGUUAAACCUUCUUCGCCCAGCAACGAGGAAAUACUAGAUGGGAAUCCCGCUACAAAUGAUCUAGAUAUUGAGGAUAUUGAUGUUGUGGAUGCCAGCGAAGAUGAGGACAUAGAGGCAGAUUACCAUGAGCAUGAUGAUGAAGUGGAUAGCAAUAAUAGCAAUAGCCAUAGUCGCAGCCACAGUGCCUCUCAUUGCCAAAACGAUGAUGAUGAAUCGGACUGUAUUCGAAGAUUUAAAAACGAACACUCGUUGCGUUUAAAUUCGAAUCACUGUAAAAUUACAGAAGAUGAAAAAUUGAUAAGGGUCCAUGACUAUGAACCAGAAGAUGAAUGUGAUGAAGAUCCAAAUUAUCAUGAGGGAGACGAUGAACACGACAACACCAAUGAAGGCGAUGAAUCCGAAUUUAGUGGCACUCACAACAAUAAUAAUCAAGAGGACACUUAUCUCAGUAUUGAUAACAAAAAUAUCUCCAAUAUAUUUAAAGAUAGUUCUAGUAUAAUAAUGACACACGCGUCUCAUCACCAUCAAAUAAUUAAUACUGGAAUAAACACAUCGCCACAACCUGCUCCUCAUAUCUUAGACUCAUCGCAAUCUUUGGAAUCAACCAACGAUAUUCAGCAUGCCCAAGCACAUCAUCAUCAUCACCAGAAUCAGUCUCAUCAUCAACUGCCAAUGAAUGCUGAUGCCCACAAUUUAUUUGGCCGCUAUUACGGCACAUAUAUGGCUGCAGCCGCCGCUAGAAUAAAUUCCUCUCUACCAUCAGCUAACAUUGUUGGCAACAUAGAUUAA